AAAAAUGGUACUAUCAAAGAUGUCGGUAUAGUUGGAUGAAUUCCUAAAGAACAAAAUUCCAAAAACCCCUCCAAUUUCACUUUCAACUUCUUCUUUUAUGUUUAUAAAAGUAAACAUACAACAUAAAUAACUAAUAACACCAUUUUCCUCUUAAUUUAAACAAUGUUACAAAUUAUAUUCUUUGUAUUCUCAAUCAUAAUCUUAGUUUUGGUGUCAUUUUAUUACAUCAAUUCCUUAUGGCUAUCUCCACAGAAACGGGAGAAGUGUUUGAGAGAUCAAGGUUUCCGGGGAAAUCCCUACCGUCCGAUUUUCGGUGAUCUACCGGAGAUUUCCAACAUGGCAAAAUCUGCACUGUUGAAGCCAAUAUCAUCACUUUCUCAUGAUAUUAUUCCUCAUAUCAUGCCCUUUUUUCAUCAGACGGUUCAACAAUAUGGGAAGGACUCGUUUAUGUGGUUCGGAAGAAAACCGAGGGUAAACAUUACAAACCCAGAGUUGAUAAGGGAAAUAUUGAACAAGUAUGAUGUGUAUAUGAAAAAGGCUCCGGGAAAGAAAACAACAUUUGGGCUUGCGAUGCGUGAUGGUCAAGAUUGGGCUAAAGUCAGAAGAAUUAUCAACCCUGCUUUUCAUUUGGAAAAGUUAAAGAACAUGGUGCCUACAAUGGAGAUAUGUUGCGAUAUAAUGAUACAAAAAUGGGAAGAAAUGGUUGCACUAACAGGGUCAGCUGAAGUGGAUGUGUAUUCUAGUCUUUCUAGUUGUACAGGCGAUGUAAUUGCUAGAACAGCUUUUGGAAGCUCUUAUGAAGAAGGUAAAAGAUUAUUUGAGCUUCAAAAUGAAGCACUCGGAUUAGCUUUUCAAGGAAUGCGAUCCAUGUCUCACUACAUUCCUGGAUCCAGAUAUUUCCCGACCAAGAUAAAUCUGAGGAAGAAAAAACUAAAGCGCGAAAUUGAAGAAAUUGUGAAGAGUUUGGUGGAUAACAAGUUAAAAUUAAAGCAAACAGGGGAUACUAAGCAUCAAAAUAACUUGCUAAGUAUAAUGUUAGAGUCUAAUGAAAAAGAGAUUGAAGAAAAUGGAGUUGGAUUGCCAAUGGAAGAAUUGGUUGAUGAAUGCAAGCUAUUCUUUGUAGCUGGACAAGACACAACAUCAUCUUUAUUAACAUGGACAUUAAUACUCCUUUGCCAAAAUCAAGAUUGGCAAACCAAAGCUAGAGAAGAGGUUUUCUUGCAUUUUGGAAAAGAUUAUAGUAACACUCCUCAUGAUUAUGAAGGUCUUAAUCGCCUUAAAAUUAUGAGUAUGAUUAUAAACGAAACAUUGAGGUUAUACCCAUCUAUUACAUCUCUAUCUCGAUUGAUCCAUCAAAAUACUGAAUUAAAACAAUUGACUCUACUUCCCAACAUGGAGGUACAUUUGCCAACAAUCCUUGUACAUCGAGAUCAAGAACUAUGGGGAAAUGAUGCAAACGAAUUCAAUCCAAAUCGAUUUUCCGAAGGGGUGUUAAAAGCAUCCAAAAUUCCAGGAUCUUUCAUGCCUUUUGGUGGAGGACCUCGAAUUUGUAUUGGACAAAAUUUUGCAUUAAUAGAAGCCAAACUUGCCUUAACAAAGAUUCUUCAACAUUUCUCAUUUGAGCUUUCUCCUUCUUAUGUUCAUGCACCCUUGUUACUAGCCGGUAUGGUGCCCCAAUUUGGUGCACCUCUUAUCUUGCACAAGAUUUAGGUGCAUUGAAGUGGCUCAAACGUUGACCUGCAUAGUUGGUCAGCUAAUUACCCGAGAUAAAUAUUGAUUCAGUAGAAUCGUUCUUCUUACCAUAAUACGUGCAAAUAUGAAAAUAAUUAUUAAGCUUGUACUAUGUACGAAGUACUUCUUAUUAGUCUUUUAUACACUUGUUUGACAAUUAAUAUGAGUAUAUCCUAUAUCAAUUGAUUCA